CUUUAUAAAAGCUGCAGAUGUCGCUAGGGUCUGGUAAGCGAGAAUGUGUAUCCCGCAGUGUGUGUGUAACCUCUGAGUUUCCACGCCACGGGUUAAUUGGAAAUUUUAUGACAAGUGAAGUGUUGUCGACGCCCCAAGUUGCUUGAUAUCGGUCCUAAAGAUGCAAACAAUAAAGUGUGUGGUGGUGGGUGACGGAGCAGUUGGUAAAACAUGUUUACUGAUUUCCUACACGACCAAUAAAUUUCCUUCCGAAUACGUACCUACCGUAUUUGACAACUAUGCCGUCACUGUCAUGAUUGGCGGGGAACCAUACACUUUAGGCUUGUUUGACACAGCUGGUCAGGAAGAUUACGACAGGCUUCGACCUCUCAGUUAUCCACAAACUGACGUCUUUCUGGUCUGCUUUUCUGUCGUUUCACCAUCCUCAUUUGAGAAUGUGAAAGAAAAGUGGGUACCGGAAAUAACGCAUCAUUGUCAAAAAACGCCAUUUUUACUGGUCGGAACGCAAAUUGACUUACGAGAUGAUGCCGCAACCAUCGAGAAACUGGCAAAAAACAAACAGAAGCCGAUAACCGGUGAGCAAGGAGAGAAGCUUGCGAAAGAGCUCAAAGCAGUCAAAUACGUUGAGUGUAGCGCUCUCACACAGAAAGGCCUGAAGAAUGUAUUCGAUGAGGCGAUUCUGGCAGCGUUAGAACCACCAGAACCAGUGAGAAGAAAAAAGUGCGUGAUAUUGUAGAAAGUCUCAACAGUCGCAUUGCACCCUUUUUUCCUCUUCUUAUCGUCGAACAAUUGGCUUCUUACGUCCUACAUUGUAAGUUUUUAAUAAUCACAGUAAACGAAUUUGAAAAAACAGCAGCAGCAACAAAGAAAAACACCGCGAUAUAUCGAGAGAAUAAUUGUUGAGAGAGGCGAGAAAGCCAAUAAUAUUAAGGGAAAAAUGAGGCAAGAAAAAGAAAAAAGCAGCAACGAUUUAUUCGCUUUUUGCACAAUAAAGCAUUUCGAAAAUAGAACGCGUAAUCGUGGCCGUCGUAUCGAGAAAAGCGUUGAAUCAAGAGUCGAAAGCUCAUCGGACGCGCAGUGGACAAACGUGUGAAGAAAAAAAGUAAACUAUUGAAAAAUUAAUAAAAAUAAAGGGGAAGCCGAUGAAAAAAGAACAGCGAAAAGUAACCAAAAGGAAAUGAAUGACGCGUGCAUUCGCAAGAUUGUGCCAUAUCUACCUCAAGGCUGCACGUAACAUACGCUUUUUCUUUUUAAUGACGAAUCAACGAGAUGAUAUUCGCACGAAAAUAACACCAAAACAACCGAAUACAAGCAACUUUAAAGUCGUUUGAUGAAUUGUUAUAAAAGUACAAAAGUUGUAUGCGACAGAAUGCACUCGGCCGUAAAGUUGACGUUUUUUCUUUUAUGACACACUCGCUAAAUUUCGACGUUCACGAGGGAAAGGGGAGAGGAAGGGAACAGGAGAAAAAAAUUAUAUAUAAACAAAGACAAAAAAGGUUGAAGAAACAGAAACACCUUUUUGUUUAGGGCGGAUUAUAUCGAAUACGAAUACUUUUUACGAUCGCAUAAACAAAAUCAAUUUACUAUCCUUGGACUGGAGAGAAAAUUGUCUCUCUCGAAACCCCCUUUUGUGACUUGUAAUCUUGGGGAAAGGAAGAGAGAACUAGUAAAAAAACGAGAGAUAGAGAGAGAGAGAGAAAGAAAGAGAGAGAGAGAGAGAGCCAGACCCUCAAAUAUUUAAUAAUGAGUAAGGCAUUUUUCAUGAUAAGUUACUAAUGUGAAUUUUUUAAUAAACGAAUAAUUGAAAAAAAAAAAAAAAAAAAAAAACAGCAGAGCGAACUAAAUAAUGCACCAACGAUGAACGAGAUUUCUGUACUGUCUCGUUCAACAGUUUGCAAUCCUUGAUCGAAGAUCACGAGGAAAGAUACGUGAUUACAAGGAACGGGAGGUGGAGGGUUAUUUAUUAUUGAAGUAUAAAAAUGAAAAACAAAUUUAUUUUUCAUAUUCUACGCCUCGUUUAACAUUUGAUUUUUUUUCUUUUGCACUCCGAUGCGUUUCAAAUUAAAAUUAGAUUGAGAAGAGAAAAAUACAUAAAUCGAAUGUUGGAUUUCUUGGGCAUUUCGAGAAAUAACUUUAUUAGAAAUGAAAAUGCUUUUUUUGCGAAUUCGUUGGUUUUCGCGUAUGCACGUGUGAUCUUUCCUCGUGCAUCUAUAUUUUUUUUCUCUCUUUUUAUUUUGCUGAAAUACGAGUCUUCAUUUACUGCACGAAAGAGAGAAAAAUGUUUUCUGCGCAUAAACCGAAAGAUUAUUAUAAGCUAUACUUUUUGAAAUUUUGCUCUUUUGUGAUUUUCGAUACAGCCAAUUGUUGCACCGAUGAAAUUGUACAUGUAUUUUUUUUAUAAGCCCAUCCGUGUACGAUAACAGAAAAGAAAGCAAUUAUUAUGUCCAA